CUAAAAGUCAUGGAAUUCUAGAGAAAUUACUCAAGCCUCACAAGGACAAUAGCAUACAGAAGGUGGACCCGACUGAAGCGUUCACCCAACAUUACAUGGCUGCAGUUCCAUUGAUACAGCCGCACGCGUUGCUUAUGGCGAGUACCUUGGCUGCUACAGAGAGACAGACCCCCAUUUGAUGAAUGGACACCAACAGAAUUUUGUCGUGACUCUGACUCCAGACCGCUGUCUUGAACUUUGCUCAAACAAGGGCUUUCAGUAUGCUGGCCUUAAGUCCAGAGUAACUUGUUUUUGUGACAACAACGAGCCAUCGCUUGGACACAAGACCGAGGAGUCGCAGUGUCAGACUACUUGCGUGGGGGAUGACAGCAAGAUUUGUGGGGGAGAGGAGGCCUUGAGUGUAUUCACCACCAACAGAGCAGUGGAGGACGAAGUAGUGGAGCCGAUCUCGCAUAACUAUGUCGGCUGUUACAAGGACAACAACGAUGAUCGACUGCUUACUGGUUACAAGCAAGAACUCGUCAACAACUCACCAGAGAGAUGCAGGGCACUUUGCUACCGGAGAGGUUAUUUAUACUCUGGUGUGGAAUUCGGGGUGGAGUGUUUCUGUGGGGAUGCUCACCCCCCACCACCCCUGCUGCGAGCAGACUAUCAGUGUUCCAUGGCAUGUCCUGAUAGUUCCACACAGAAGUGUGGAGGCAGUGGCAUGAUAUCCAUAUAUGACACUGGUAUUACCGAUAUUCGUGAAUUGGGAAUGAAGGUAAACUGUUUCAAUGAUGAAGACCCAAGGAUUCUGCAGGCGUACAAAAUUGAUCUUGAGACCACCAAUUCUCCCCGUAGGUGUAUGAACCUCUGUAGAAGUCUAGGUUACGAUUACUCUGGAGUAGAGUAUGGCAAGGAGUGUUUCUGUGACAACGAUGUGCACACCAAGAGCAUCAGAGAUGCUCCAGAUGAGGUGUGUAACACCACCUGCUCCGGGGAUGUGUUUCAGAAUUGUGGAGGAAAUUGGAGGCUCAUAGUUUACCGAACCGGGCUAUCAGACCCAGGACCUGUGCCUAAGAGAGUUGGUUGCUUGGAAGUAACUGCAAGUGAUACCUCUGUUAUGGACAGUUAUCGACAAGGAUACAGAGUAACUACAACUUCUGAUAAUUGUGCUAAACUUUGUUAUAACAAGGGAUUCUACUUUUCUACUCUAGUAACCAGUACUGAGUGCUGGUGUGACAACAAGACACCUCCACAAACUCAAUCUGUAGGUGAGGAAGACUGUGAAGAGAAUCUUGCUGUUGUAUAUAACACUGGAUAUACUAUAAAUAAUCAUCCAGGAGGCAAUGAUGACUACAUUGGAUGUUUUAGGAGCUAUAGCACUACACCUCUUGGUGGAUUCCAUAAGAAGUUUGAAACUCAACUGACUCCAGAGAAGUGUACUGAGCUGUGUUUUAAAAAAGGAUACCUCUACUCUGGCACCAAGAAUAAUAAUGAAUGCCACUGUGGAGAUAAUCGCUUGAGUGAGAAUAAGGUUGGAGAUGAUGGAUGUUCAUCCCCAUGUUCUGGUGAUACCAAGAAAAGGUGUGGAGGCAUUGGCAAACUAUCACUUUACUCCACAGGAAUUACAGAUGUUUCAGCAACAGGUAAGCUGAUCGGUUGUUUCAUUGAUGAAACUCUACCAAGAGUGUUGGACCAAUAUAAGACAGACCUGGACAACACAAACAGUCCUCGUAGAUGUCUCAACUAUUGUUUGGCUCUUGGCUACUUAUUCGCUGGAGUGGAGUACCAGAGGGAAUGUUUCUGUGGUAACACUCGCCCAAGUUCUUCUCUCAAUUCUCCAGACAGUGAAUGUAACUCCAUCUGUUCAGGAGACAGCUCGGAGAUAUGUGGUGGUAACUGGCGAAUAGCUGUAUACCGCACUGGCAAUGGUGACAGUGUGUCUCCACCAGACAAAGUUUCACCAUGUGAGCCAUCAGUGACUCUGAUGAAUGGUAAGCCCGCUUGUCGCGGUGCCACUCUGUUCAUAGAUACCUUCUCCAAUAGCACACUACAUCCACAUUGGAAACACGAGAUCAAGAUAGCAGAUACACCUGAUUAUGAAUUCGUAACUUUUAAUUCCUUACCCGCCAACUCAUUCCAGAGGGAUGGAAAAUUGAUUAUAAAGCCUGUCGUUCUCUCAGAUAGGGAUGUGGAACAAGGGCAUAUUAAACUGAAUAGUUGUACCGGACUGGCUAACAGCCGAGAGUGUGAGCUGUCAGCAUUCUCCUACAACAUCCUACCUCCUGUCCGCUCUGCCAGGAUACAUACACGCAAUAGCUUUAGCUUCCGCUAUGGAAUUGUGCAAAUAAGGGCUAGGCUACCAGCGGGAGACUGGAUAGUACCAGAGUUGUGGCUCAUGCCUAAAGACCAGAGUUAUGGCAGCAGUUAUCAAUCAGGGAAGGUGCGAGUGGCUAUGUCUCGAGGUAACCGACAGCUGACCUGUAAUGGGAAAGACAUGGGUUCUUCUGUCCUGGAGAGUGGUGUUCUAGUGGGAACUGAAAGCAAUGUUUUAAGUCACUCAGUUUUGAAUAGGAUAUCUGACAGCUGGUACAGUCACCCUCACAACUACACUCUGAUCUGGACUCCUGACAACCUGUUAUUUUAUGUUGAUGGCCAGCCCCAACAAGCACUGCUGCCACCUGGUGUCAGACUCACUGAACUGCUUGGCUUCAGGGAUGAUGAGUUGUCUGCCUGGAAAACAGGAUCCAGAAUAGCUCCCUUUGAUACUGAUUUUUACCUGUCAAUGGGAGUGUCAGUAGGUGGUUCUAGAGAUUUUCCAGAUGGCUGUAUCAACAAGGACAGGGUGAAGCCUUGGACCAAUUUCAAACUUAAGGCAAUGCUAAAUUUCUGGCUGGAUAAGGAACAUUGGUGGCCAUCUUGGGGUGAUGUUAAGUCAUCGAUGAUAGUGGAACACGUUCAAGUGACAGCUCUCUGAUGGCCUUUGCUGCUAUGUUUUAUUAAUUGUAAUAAUUUAAUAUAAUUUUAAAAUAAAUGUGGAUUUCUAAU